AUGUUUCAAGGGUUACUUUUUCAUGAGCACAGGCUUACCAAUCCUGAUGUCACCUUCCCAUUUCUCACGCUUUUGAUAUCAGGUGCAGUGGGGCUGACGAAUCCUGAUGUCACCUUUCCAUUCCUCACGCUUUUGAUAUCAGGCGGGCACAACCUUUUGUUAUUGUCACAUGGGGUGGGGCAGUACACUCAGCUGGGAACCACGCUAGACGACGCCAUGGGUGAGGCGUUUGACAAGACAGCACGUCUGCUAGGUCUGGACUUGUCGGGGCCGGGAGGCGGAGGGGCAGCAGUUGAAGCGCUGGCAAAGGAAGGAAACCGAGAGAAGUUCAAGUUCACUGUGCCUCUAGCGCGUGUCAAGAGCUGCGACUUUUCCUUCUCGGGACUUAAAGCCAACGUGGCUCGCUGCAUACAGAAGGAGGCCCCGGCAGCUCAAACCAUCCCUAUUGCCGAAGCAACGCCGGAGGACUGGCAGUUACGAGCCGACAUUGCUGCCUCUUUCCAGGAGGUGGCAGUGUUGCAUCUGCAGUCGCGGGUGCAGAGAGCCAUUCAGGUGGCGAGGGAAUCAGCUCCUGCGAUUGACACACUGGUGAUGGCAGGAGGAGUGGCGUCUAAUCAAGUCGUCCGCACGCGGAUUGCAGCUGUCUGCGAGCAGGCAGGAGUGAGGCUGGUGUGCCCUCCGCCCCGCCUCUGCACUGAUAAUGGGGUCAUGGUGGCAUGGGCGGGAUAUGAGCGGUUCAGACUGGGAAUCAUGGAGCCUCCGCCUGCUGUAGAGGAAUCGGAUGAUGACGCUUAUGUGGAGCUCAGACCGCGCUGGCCACUGGCAGACCCGCCAUUCUCCCUCCCCCUCACACUCAGUCAGUCAUCCUCUUUCCUCUUGUCCCCCACUCCCAUCCCAUCCAUACCCCAUCAGGUGGAGUUCAGACCGCGCUGGCCACUUGCAGACCCGCCAUUCUCCCUCCCCCUCACACUCAGUCAGUCAUCCUCUUUCCUCUUGUCCCCCACUCCCACCCCAUCCAAACACCAUCAGUCCUCUUAA